AUGCCCAACAUCGCUUGGCUCUGGGACGAACUUGAACGUCGUGGAUUGGUGCUGACCCUCGAUUUAGGGGCUAUAGGCAGCCGUUCUUAUCAGACCGGUGCUGUGCGUGCUAUUGCAGAGGGACAUCCGGAUCUGCGGAUCGUUAUCGCACAUCUGGGGCAGCCAAAUCCGUCGGCAGAAACGGAUGUGGCACGCUGGGACUUAUGGCAGGAGCAGAUCGACCUCGGACAGCUGCCCAAUGUGUGGUUUGAUACCGCCGCUUUGCCAGCCUAUCUGCCGGAUGAGGAUUUUCCUUAUCCAACCGCGGAGCGGUAUCUCCAUCUCGCGCUUGAACGCAUCGGCCCAUCGAAAAUCUUAUGGGGAACGGAUCUGCCGGGACUGCUGCGUCACUUAAACUAUCCACAACUGGAAUUAGAGACGCUUUCCGGUGAACAACUGCUUACGCCCAACGGUAUGUUAGCCUUUGCCAAACCGGGGAACGAACGAUUGGAUGAAAAUAUCCGUGUCAUGCAGGAAACGAAAACGGUACACGAGGUGUUGACAGCUGAAGAAGUUGCCGCCCGAUUUCCAGCACUUCAACUCCCGGCAGACACCGUUGCCUGCUACACACCGGACUCAGGUUUCCUUAACGCAAGUCGUUGUGUUCGGACGCAUGUAUCACAAGCCGAGCGUUUCGGGGCAACAGUUCAUAACGGGGUUAGUGUCCACCGCAUUGACAUCAGCAAGGAACAUCCUGAAGUUGAAACGUCGGCAGGCAGUUAUCGUUGCAAACGACUUAUCGUUGCUCCCGGACCGUGGGCUUCGCAGCUGCUCAAAGACCUCUCGCUGCCGCUCCAAGUAACACGGCAGCAGAAAUUUUAUUUCCAACCGCAGGACGGAGGAGCGUUGUACCAACCAGACCGUCUGCCCGUCUACGCAGACUAUGACCUGCACUACUACGGCUUUCCCCACUACGGUCCCGGAAUCAAGGUAGCUGAUGACGGGCAUGGACCCGUGACCACUCCUGAAACGGUUGAUCGGGGGCUAGACUUGGACGUACAAAAUGCGCUGGAACAGUGGCUCAAAACAAUUAUGCCCGGAGUCAACCCUUCCUUCGUCGAAGGUUCGACCUGUAUGUAUACGCUCACGCCUGACCACGAUUUUCUCAUCGGGCAUCAUCCGCUGAAUUCAAACAUCUUUGUCGGGGCAGGAUUCUCAGGACACGGCUUCAAGUUUUCAACCAUCGUCGGUAAGAUCCUCGCUGAACUCGCCGCUGACGGCAAAACGGAUUAUCCGAUCGACAAAUUCCGACUUAGCCGUUUUGGAUAG